UUUUACCAGGAAAGAUGGCCGACACGAGGUUGUAUGAUUUACUUGGUGUGAAACCAAACGCCUCAGAUGCCGAAAUCAAGAAGGCAUACCGGAAACUUGCCAAAGAGUUCCAUCCCGAUAAAAACCCUGAGGAAGGCGAGAGGUUUAAAGAAAUAAAUUUUGCGUAUCAAAUCCUUUCUGACAAUGAAAAACGUGAAAUGUACGACAAAUUUGGGGAAAGGGGUUUACGCGAAGGCAUGGGUGGUGGAGGAGGAUUUGAUGAAGUUUUCUCUCAUAUAUUUGGAGGUGGAGGGGGUGGAUUAUUUGGAGGUUUUGGUGGAUUUGGAGGAGGACGACCGCAUCGAAGAAGAAGAGGCGAGGAUCUUGUUCAUCCUCUGAAAGUCACCCUAGAAGACCUAUACAGUGGUAAAGCAAGUAAACUUCAGCUCACAAAGAAUGUUGUCUGUGCUCAGUGCAAAGGUGCUGGUGGUAAGGCUGGAGCUGUACGGAGUUGCAGCAACUGUAAUGGCCGUGGAAUUAAAGUCACUAUAAGACACAUUGGGCCCGGGAUGGUUCAACAAAUGCAGUCUGCUUGUAAUGUGUGUAAAGGAGAAGGGGAAGUUAUUAAUGAAAAGGAUAAAUGUAAGAAAUGUCACGGAAAGAAGACGGUUAAAGAAAAUAAAAUAUUAGAGGUUCAUGUCUCAAAAGGAAUGAGAGAUAAUCAAAAAAUAACUUUUGACGGAGAGGGUGAUCAGGAGCCUGGUAUUGAUGCAGGAGAUGUUAUUAUUAUACUACAACAGAAAGAACACGAGACAUUCAAACGUGUCCGCAACGAUCUUUACUUAGAAAAAGAUAUAACACUCUCUGAGGCGUUGUGCGGUUUUGAUAUGGUCAUAACACAUCUAGACAAGAGAGAAAUUAAGAUACACUGUCCUCCUGGGAAGGUCAUUGAACCAGGCUGCAUCCGAGGUGUUCCUGGCGAAGGAAUGCCUAUAUACGGAAGGUCAACGACAAACGGAAACUUAUACUUAAGAUUUAAUGUUACAUUUCCCGAAAAAAAUUUCCUAGAUGAAGAGAAAUUAAAGGAACUUGAAAAGUUGCUCCCUCCCCGCCCCCCCGGACCUACGGUUGGCGAAGAUGUCGAAGAGGUUGAUCUCGAAGAUAUUGAUCAAGCUGGUGCGUCUAGCGACGGCCGACAACGACAGGUCUACGAAGAUGGUAGCGAUGAUGAAGCGGCCGGUCACGGUCCCAGAGUUCAAUGUGCUCAUCAAUGAGAAGAUGUCAAUACCUACCUGCUCUAAUAAAAUGGCUCCUAAAAUUAAUCUAACCCGUAGUUUUUGCAUGAUGAUAAUUGGCGGAAAUAAUAUUGCGAGUGUCGUGGGUUUUUUAACAGAUGCAAAACAAUUUCAUACUAGCAGAUGUAGUUUGUUCCCAAAUAUUAUAAACUAUUAGUUGUCUAUACUGAUAUCUCUCGUUCUUAUUUCCACUGUUAUUUUCCACAAGUAUUGUGGGCACUACAUUAUGCACUCUACAGACGGUUUCAACGCCAGUUAGCUAAAAAGUAAAAAAUAUUCUCGUUUUUGUUUGGAAAUAUCGCGGGGAAUAUGCAUACCACGUUGCACAUACCUGAGUUCAUGAUAAUGAUGAACCCGUGCAAUGAAUGAAUAAAAACCGCACUGACUGCUCGUCUUAGGAAUUGUGAAAUAAUUCCAAAUACUUAGUUGCUUUAUUAAUAUGUAGAAUAAGUUAUUUUAAAAUUUAUAUUAAUAAAAUAUUCCUCAAUCA